CUUUUCCUCCUGCGUGCACGCAGACCUAAUCAUUUGUGGUAACAUAGAACGAACACUGUGGCCUUGAUACGCCGGGGUUCAUGGAUACCAAUCGCUAUCCAUAUGAGUUGAGGCUGAAUGGCUUGCGGGCCCAGUUUGCCAAGUGUUCCGGUCCACGGAUUACGCUGGGUGAUUAUGGCGACAAUUCCGAUGGCAACUUCAAAUGCACUGGCAAUAUAUUUGAGGAUAUGCAGACCCUUGGCAACAUUGAUCCCACAGAAUCCGUUUAUCGUCCCGUGGUCCGACGUGUAUCCGGCUCCGAAAGGCUAAUACGUCGCGCGGAGAAUCGCACUGAGCUUGUUGUGGCGCACCAUACUAGUACUGAGCGCAAACACCUAGCUCUGCGUCAGCCAAAGGGCCUAGGGCUUCCUACGAAUGAACAUUUUGAGCUACUGCUGAAAGACCUGGCCAUCCGUCUUGAAGGAAAGCAUUUAGUGACAUCGGUCAUACAAUGUUCAGGUUUGUACGAAAUUGAUAACGGCGGGGAGGCAAGGGACUCGGGUGACAACUCGACACUCAACAGUGAUAGCCAUUCCACCGAACCUGGGAUUUUGACUCCACUAUAUAUCGUCGUAAGUCCACAAGUUUGGCAAAGAGAAAUGCCUUGUGUACAGAGAAGGCAACAAUUCAAAAGUAUCCGGUAAACCCAUGGAAUCAGUAUGUGAGGUGGUACUGACGAGGCUUCGUUUCGGGAUGUAGGGAGCACUUUUACGACCUCAUGAAUAUGCAUCAACCUGCGGGAAUCGAAGUCCGUCUCCAGUCUGUGGUGCAUUGGAAAACUGUGCGAA